AUGGCCUUUGGCCACGCACGUCUCCAUCAGCUGCCCCAUCCAUGCAGGUGUUCCUCCAGAAGCUUCCUUGGUGGCCCGACCGACGAGCAGCUCUUGCCGAGAGGUAGGCGGAGACAGCUGGAGCAAAGCUUGCAGACCACCUGGUGGUAUGGUGCGGCCGGCAUGACGAUCUUCGCUUUGGUCUUCGCAUGUGUGCCGCUAUACAAGAUAUACUGCCAAGCCACAGGCCAGGGCCAGGCAUCAUCGGUGGGGCACAAAGAGUACUCGCCACCUCCGUCCAAGGAUUCUGUGGAUGCCAAGCGCCUCGUUACCGUGGACUUCGCGGCGACAGUUCAUACCUCCCUGCCGUGGCAGUUUGUUCCGCAGCAGCGGCGCGUGGUUGUUGGCCUCGGGGAGACUGCGCUAGCCUUCUACCGUGCCAAGAACACCAGCGAUCGGCCAAUUAUCGGCGUGUCCGUGUACCACAUGAUUCCUGCAGAGGCAGGACUCUACUUCAACAAGAUCCAGUGUUUCUGCUUUGACGAGCAGCUGAUCAAUCCAGGUGAAGAGGUCGACCUACCGAUCUUCUUCUUCAUUGACCCGAUGAUGGGACGUGACAAUCGCUUUGACCACGUGGACCACAUCACUUUGUCCUACCUCUUCUUCGAGUCGGACUCCGAGCUUCCCGACGAGUACGAGGAGUUCAAGAAGAGCUUGCCCUCAAGUCAGAAGCCGAAUGUGCUGGAAGCCCCGGCACCCAUCCCCCUGCCCGCACCGCUCCCUGCCUGA